GGGUUCCGAAUUUUAUAAUCACGUGAUUAGCUGCAGCCAUGAUGGACGGUUUGGAUGACGGGCCUGACCUUUUGGAAGGGGACCAGGAAAACAAGCCGAGAUCUGAGACAGUAGAUUUGUCAACAGAUACAUCCCUUCAAGUCGACAUUUCUGAUGCUUUAAGUGAGAGAGAUAAAGUCAAGUUUACAGUUCACACUAAGACAUCAUUGCAAAAGUUCAAGGAGGGAGAGUUUUCUGUUGUACGGCAGCAUGAGGAGUUCAUUUGGUUACACGAUCGCUACGUGGAGAACGAAGAGUAUGCUGGUGUUAUUAUACCCCCUGCACCCCCACGACCAGACUUUGAUGCGUCACGGGAAAAGCUGCAGCGACUGGGAGAAGGGGAGGGAACAAUGACCAAGGAGGAGUUCACCAAGAUGAAGCAAGAGUUAGAGGCUGAAUACCUCGCCACAUUCAAGAAAACUGUUGCCAUGCAUGAAGUGUUUCUCCAACGAAUAGCUGGCCACCCCCUACUCAGGACAGAUGUCAACUUUGAAGUUUUCCUAGAAUACGAUCAAGAUUUAAGUGUGAGAGGGAAGAAUAAGAAGGAAAAGCUUGGAGGUUUCUUCAAAGGCCUCACUAAAACAGCUGACGAGGUGCUACUGGCAUCACAAAAGGAUGUCGAUGAUUUCUUUGAGAAAGAAAAAGGAUUUUUGGUGGAAUACCAUGUUAAAAUAAAGGACGCUACAAUGAAAUCAGAUAAGAUGACAAGAUCACAUAAAACUGUAGCAGAUAAUUACAUUCAGAUUUCCUCAGGGUUUGUACAGAUGGCAACAAUAGAGAAUACGGAACUAGACAAAGUGUUUACUAAAGUAGCUGAGACAUUAGAAAAAGCAAGAAAAUUAGAGGGCCGGGUGUCCUCAGACGAAGACCUGAAGCUAAGUGACACCCUGCGCUACUACAUGAGGGAUUCGGCUGCUGCUAAGGACCUCCUGUACAGACGCACACGGUCGCUUGCCGACUACGAGUCUGCCAACAAAGCCUUAGAAAAAGCUAGAACUAAAAACAAAGAGGUUGCACAGGCCGAAAAACACCAAACACAAUGCUGCGAGAAAUUUGAAAAGAUAUCAGAUGUUGCCAAAAAAGAAUUAACAGAAUUCAAGGGGCGUAGGAUACAGUACUUCAGGAAGAAUUUGGUGGAUUUAGUAGAACUAGAACUGAAGCAUGCCACGGCACAAGUACAACUUCUUAAAAACUGUAUAUCUGCCAUGAGAGAGGAAGCGUGAAGUGUCCAUACAGUGUGAUGAUGUAAAUGUGAUAUGUGGGAAAUGUUGCCGGGCAAUUUAUCUACAGCGCAGGAAUGUUUACUUAUUUCGUCAUCAAGGAACAUUGCUAUGGCAACGUGUGAUGAAAAACAAGUGGAAUGAAAAUUGCAGGUGUCUUAUACUUCAUUUGUAAAAAACACUGCUUUUUAGAAUUGGCUAAUAGGUAAAUUACAAAUUUGUAUGCGAGAUGUGUUUAGGUUUAUACACAAGAAUAUUCUAUGACAUAAAUUAUAGAAACAGCAGAGUUAAUUGGCUAAAUAACCAUUCUCCAAUUACAAUUGGGUAAUGUUGGUGUCGUCUCACUUAAUAUUUGUGAAACAAAAUAUUAGUGUCUUUAUAAAUGUGCAAUUGUUGGUUAGAUCCAUUUAAUGGAUCUCAAACUGAUCUUUAACUUAAACUCGGUAAAACCUCUUUUUGUACUUGUGAACAUACCGGCAUAUGAUGGUGGGCAUUUGUUAGCAUAUUAUUACAGAUGGGAAAUCUGAAACAAGAUUAUAUAUAGGGUACUGUAAGACACUCAUAAGAACCAGUGUUGUUUGUAACUUAAUAUUAUGCAUUUUAAAUUCAUCUUGAAACACCAGUCUGUACAAUAGUAGGAAGUGUGUUAAGAUCACUGCUGUAGUCAUUGGAGAAACUGGGGAUGUCUGUGAGGUAACUUUUGUUUUAGAAGAAUUUGUUAGGUAAACUGAUUAAAAUUUGUCGUAACAUUUAGCUUUCAACAAAAAAAGUUGAAAUACUAGUAUAUACAGUUUUUGUAUAUACAAUUUAUACUCCUAGCAUCUGUUCUAAAAUAUUGUUACCAUCUUAAGUUAAGAACUAUUUUUUUAUUUCCUUCAGUUUUUUUAUCUGUGAACAUGUGAAAGGAAAGAAAGGUAAAAUUAAACAUGCUGAAUACACAGGGACCAGGGAAUAUGUGUUGACAUUAUUACAAUACAAUAUCUGAAUGUUCAUCUUUAUUUUGCUGUCAUUACCACUGUCUGUGUUUGCUGAGAAAAAGUGUGAGCUGCAGAUUGGACAAAAAAUCAACAAAUCCAGGCCAUUUUGGCCUUUUUCUUUGUGCUCAUGUUCGUUAUCUUCCCAAAAAGGCCUUAAGACUUGAAUACUGUGGCUUUAUACAUAUUAGAUUUAGAGAGAUCAUGCUAUAUGUUAUGUUUUCAAAUACUCUUUUAUUUCUUUCUUAUACUUGCAAUUUUAAUAUGAAGAUGUGUACAUGUAGAGCGUUAUAACCAUAGUGUAUGAUUUCUGUGUCCAUUCCAUUUACAUUUGAUGUUUAAGUACCUUGGUGUAGCAUUGUUUUUAAAUGUCUACAGUGUAUGUUUGAUCGAACUAAUAGUUUGAGUGCAUAUAAAUGAAUAUUUUUUCUUUGUACAAAGAUUGUCUUCAGUGUUUUGUUUCCCUCCAUAUCUGCUGAAAAUUAUGGUGAAGUGUACCAAUACAUCAAUGUUAAAUCAUGUACUCCUCUAUUUAUACUUAAAUGUAAUAUAUGUAUUUUGUCAGCAUCUUAUUAUUAUUUUUAUUUCAUAAGACAUUGCCCUUUAGGUUAGUAUAAUAUACUUCAAAUGUGCAUCCAAACUACGUCCAGAUGGGAUUGCAUCCAUGCGUAGCGGGUAAGAUUUGAUAGGUACGAGUCUAAAAAUCACACUUUUAUUCUAUGAUUUUGUUCCUCUUGAGUGCAACACACAGUACGUACAUGUAUAUAUCUUUGGUUGUUUCCUACCUACUUCAUACCUGAUUAUACAAGAAGUGCAGAGAUACUGUCCUACAUUUAUAGCUAAUAAACAUUAAACAAUAAAUAUAGACAAUAGAACAGUAUCCAUUAUAAGCUCAUAUUUAUCAUAUUUUUUAAUUUAAGAUUAUGCAGUGUGAUUUUGUACUAGCACUUAGAGAAGUGAUAAGAACAUAGAGUUGUGGAUCAAAAAUUUAGUUUAGAUUUAUAUAUAGCUGGUUAUAUAACAGCAUGUCUACCAUGUCCGACUUUUAGAUAAUGUACUUCAUUUACCUUCUACAAUCGAGUCUAAAGUCAAAUAUUUGAAAGAGAGGAUAAGGUCACAGACAUAGAUACAUAUAAUAUGUGUAUGUACUACUUUAGGAAAGGGAAGGUUUAAUCGGAUCUAUUUUACAGAUCCAGAAUGGUUCCUCAAUAUUUGUAAGGUUUUGGUUUAACCCUAUAAAUAUCUAGUCUUUUCUGUUAAAUCUUCCUCUUUUGUUAUGAUGAGGUUACAUAUAAUAUUAAUAUAUAUACACACAGACGUGCACUGUAUAAGUACCGUAUGAAUGGGAGAUUAAAUGAGAGAUCAUAAUUCUAA